AUGGGGGAAUUUUCACGCGCCAGUUGUUUUGAAAGUGCAGAUGCAGUCUGUGAACGGCAGGGACCGAAGUGGCCCCCGGAGAAAGUGAGGAGUGAUGCUUAUGGAGGGCUAGCACACCGCCAUGCGUAUCUAUACUUUAUCUCUAUGGCAGUGAUGCCGCUACCGCAGUGCUCCGGACUCGUCUCCAGGGUUGUUGGUGUCACAGGAGAACAUGGUUCCCGGGGCACCAUGAACUCCUCACAGGGUGGCUCGGGACCUCACCGUCUGGGUUCUGCUGACCCCGCCCGGCAGGGGCCAGGCAUCAGGACACGCCGGUCAGCUGCCCGGCCACAAAGCCCCUCGUUGUUCUGCCCGGGGAAAAAACACAAAAACAACAACGUGCGUGACAGAUACAUGUCUCACCAGGACAUGCCUGAACGUUUCCACAAUGGCUGCUCUCCUCAGGCAUCUGUGAGGUUCAGCCAGCAGCUGAGCGGGGAACCUUUGGCCAGAGGCUUCAGCCCAUCUGUGCAGGCACCUGUGGCAGUUGCUCCCUUCCACCAGAAUCUGAGUGAAAUACAUCCACUGGAUUUUCCCACUCCGUUCUGCUCCAGUCUGGACGACCCUCCGGUCCCCACCGCCAUAACUCAGCUCAGCAGUGUGUUUAUCGCAGUCAUCACUAUGACUGAUGGGGAUUAUGACUACCUUAUAAAGCUCCUGGCCCUGGGGGACUCCGGCGUGGGGAAAACUACUUUCCUGUACCGAUACACAGACAACAAGUUCAACCCCAAGUUCAUCACCACAGUGGGCAUAGACUUCAGGGAAAAGAGAGUGACGGGUCUGCUGGGGCUCCAGUACCAGGGAAAGUGUCCAGUCCUGCUGAGUGGGAGGUGUGAAUGUUGCCCCGAGGCUCGGGAGGCCAUUGUCACACUAACAAUCACCGUCCUGGUGGGUGUUCUGCAGCCAGUGGAGUACCGGCAGAGUCGAGCACAGGCCUACACAGCGGCCAACCCCAAUGGGACCACCGCCGGGAAAACCUUUAAGGUGCACCUGCAGCUGUGGGACACAGCUGGACAGGAGAGGUUCCGCAGCCUGACGACGGCCUUCUUCAGGGACGCCAUGGGCUUCCUGCUGAUGUUCGACCUCACCAGCCAGCAGAGCUUUCUCAACGUCAGGAACUGGAUGAGCCAACUCCAGGCCAAUGCCUACUGUGAGAACCCAGAUAUUGUUUUAGUGGGAAACAAGGCGGACCUGGCUGACCAGCGGGAGGUCCAGGAGAAACAGGCCAAGGAGCUGGCCGAUAAAUACGGGCAAGUUUAUUUCUCACACACAGGCUUUAGGGUGAUCCCAUACUUUGAGACCAGUGCAGCGACGGGUGCAGACGUAGACAAGGCGGUGAUCACGCUGCUGGACCUGGUCAUGAAGAGGAUGGAGCAGUGUGUGGACAAACCGCCUGCAGAGCCGGCCAAUGGCAACGGGGCUACAAAGCUUGGUGACACACAGCCCAAUGAGAAGAAAUGCGCAUGUUAAAUCCUGGGGGAUGAAAGACAACCACCAGUCAAUGCUCCUCUGUUGUCCAUCCUUUCCUCUGGUCGCCUUCUUUUCUUCUCUCACUGUUUACUCCCUGUCUAUUACGAUGGCAUGUUUUUAAUCUUUUCUUUAUUCCCUGAUUUAUGAAAAUAAAAAUGAGCCAUUUUCUCCUUUGGCUCUUUCCGUACAUAUGUUCUCCCUUAACCUCCCCAACCGCCAUUCUGACAAUUAAACGACUCCAUCUCCCUCUAAUGGACAUUUAAGGUAGUACAGUCACAGCCUGUCGGCCUUCUGAAGGAAAUUAAAACGGUAGGGGACAGUUUCAUCACUGUCGGACACAUAAUGUGCCUCAUUUAAAACACACAGCCUGGGAAUUAAGCUCUGCACGCUCUCCAUCUCUCUGCUGGCAAAUGCUCUGAAUCAUUAUAAUGGACCUGAACACUCAAAGUGAGCUGUUUACAACUUUAAUUUGAACUCUUUAACUCUGUUUAUUAUUCCAUUACAGCUUUAUGUUUAAACUGGGCCAUAAAGUGUGUGAUAUCACGCUGUGUGUCUGCUUCCAUUAGGUCUUAUCCAGCUGAAGCUUUCCCUUCGAAGCAGCAGGAAGGAAUGUCUGACUUUUCUUUUCUUUUCUUUUCCCCCUUUUAUCUGUCUGCAUUCUGCAGGACCUGUUGUAGCCACACGCGGAAACCUUUCAGUGCUCGGAGAUGUUCUGUUUAGAAGUUUGCUCAACGUGCCAUAUUGUGUUUUGUAGAAUUGGCUUUGGUGUCCUGUUGGAGGUCUGUGGCACUGGAGCAGGUAGCUGCAGUAGUAUCUCUGAACUUAAAAAGCUGUCUCUGAGUCAGAAUGAUCAGUGACUCAUUUAUUGUAUCAUCAGUGUCUUCUCUAGCUAUUCUGAAAGAAGUGUUAGGCAGCCAGUGUUGCAUAGAUAGGGUCAACAAUCACUUUUGUCAUUACUGGGUCAGAACACACAACACAGAUGCUAGGAUGGAAAAGCCCAGCUAGCAUUCAUUUAGUGGUUUUAUGGCAGGUACAGCCUCUAAACAGGGAGCGGUCUAACUCCAGGCUGUAGUGGUACGGCUUCCUUUCUGUCUGCGCUCCACGCCAUUUAGAUGAGUAUUAGCUCACCAGUUUAGCGAAACUUUUACUUAUUUUGCUAUCCACUAAAAAAUGUACCUCUUAGAACCUUCAAGGAAAGAAGAAAGCAAUGUUUGCUCUGAAUUUUCUUUCAUAUCAGAUUUUUGGUACAGGUACUUUUAUGCAUCUCCAGUUAUUCCUGCUAUUUUUCUUUUUCUCUUAAUGACCUAAAUUUACUUUAGAGGCCUUUAACAAUAUUUUUCAUAAUGGAGUAAAUCAAAAUCAAUCCAAUAUAAAUAAAUUAUUCAUUUUUUUUGCAUGUUGCUUAUUCAAAUCUAUUUUCAUUUAUAGACAAAUACACAGAUUUGGGUAUGAAUCUAAAUGCUUGUUAAAAUAGGUAAACGCUUAAUUUUAUUUAACCAAAGCAGUCUGAUCAUGUCAUGGAAAUGUUCUAGGUCCAAACCUGACUGGCCGGAGGAGGCUGGCGUUUGGACUCUACUGGUCUGACUAUCUUAUGUAGCAACCACGCUCACAAGUUUUAUUUUGACUGCCAGCAGGAUUUGGGUUUAAAAGCAGUGCCCAGUGUCUUUGAUUAGUUCCAUUAGAGGAGCUUCCUGUCAUUAUUCUGAGGUAUUAGCAUGUCAGAUUAAGAUACCCUGACCUGGUCUGCUGGAUUAAAAAAAAAUGUAUUACCUGCCUUGUCCUUUACUAGAAUGAGCAUUGUUUGGCAACUUUAAAACUGUAGUAUUUCAUAUAUUCUCUAACAUAAUGUGCAUUCCAUAAGUAUUUGGCUGGAUCCUUUUCCCAUUCCUGCUGUGCUUAAGACACAGAACUGCCUCAGUCAGCUAAAGGUUAACAGCCCAGUUUCAGUUUGCUGAUGCACAGCAUUCUUACCAUGAUAUCACCACAAAAAUUGGAGGGCUUGAUCGAUCUUUAUGAUGAAUAAUGAAUGUUUUCACCAGGAUAGAUGAAGUUUUCCAGACUCAUCUACUGCUUUGAUGGUCAAAGCAUUAUUCAGUAUUGGCACAACAGACUUGGACAGUUUCAGACAAGUCUGCCACAAUGUUGCGUCAUCACUAAAAACUAAAGAAAUUCACUCAAUACCUUAAAAAGAACUUGCUACAAAUAUAUUUGUGAAGAGUUAUUUGAAAAAUCCUCUAAAUGUUUUCUAUGGUGGAAAUAUUCAACCAGAACUUUCCAAAUUGGAGUUAAAUGUCCAACAGGUGACUUGGGGUUUUUGGUGCCACUGACUUAAGAUAUUGGUUUCUUCAGAUUUUUUUGUUCUGACUUGUGUGAGUAUAAUCUAAUUGACUUAAGGCUUUGAGGUCCUAUACUGCAGUGUUUCACAGUCCUGCAUGUUGCCGGUUCCAGCACCCCUGAUCCAGAUGAGUGUGUGGUUCUCAUCCUGCUGCAGAACCGAGCAGCCGAUCCAUUCUUCUGAAUCAGGUGUGCUGGAACAAUGACGGAAUAUCCACUGACCAUUUAUUUAUGUAAAGAGAAAUGUAUUUUUCUUUUGCCACGUUCAUAUUCCGCUUCCUGUUUUCUUUAUUUCAGUCACAAUGUCUGUAAAGUGAGGCUUUUAUAUUUGUGAGAUACUUUAACUUGAAGAAAAUACAUGAUGAAUUCUUAAAGCUGUGUCUGUGGUUUGAACCUAAAUGGACCAAGUGUUUGUGUUUAGUUGCACACCACCAUGUACAGUUCAUUUCAAAAUGGACCAAACUGAUCAGCCACCAUCCAAAAAAACAAUGACAAAGUAUUAUUGAUUUAAAAAAGGAGGAAAUUAAAUCAGAAAGUAUUUAGGUAUUUGCCUUAGAACAGUAUGCUCCAGGUCGAUGCUAGCUUCAGUCAAGCUUUGCAAACCUGGAAUUAGUCAUUUUCUCAUUCCUUCCUGCUGAUCCCAUCAAUCUGUAUUAGAUGAAAAAGGAAACAUCUGUUAGUUGCCUUCUUCAGGUCUUUCCAUAAACAACCUGUGAGGUUUUUGUGGGAUCUUUAGUUUGAUCAUGUAACAUCACUCAGAGGCCAUAAGCUGUUUUUCCUGGUCUGCAUUGUUCCUGCUGCAACAGUUGCUCUUAAGGAUUACAUUUACAAAGAAGAAUAGCAAAACACACACACACACCAGCCAGUAAGAAGCAGGUAGGAUGAAAAUUCACACACAGGUCAAGGGUUGUUUUUGUUGUUUGUUAACAUUUUUGUGAUGUACUGCUUUAUUUCUGUUUUUAAAGAAGAAGCUGACAUAUCUUUGGUCAUUUUGACUGGUACAGUUGUAAAUUGAUUACUAUAUUUUAUAUUGUAGUUUUCUCUUUUAUCAAGAAUGUUUUUUCCCUUCACAAACCCAGGCGCAUAUAAAUAUAUAUAUUCCUUUGUUUGAAAGCCAAAAUAUGGCAAGUUGCCCACAGUUGAUCUUAGAGUUGCCACUCUGUAGCAGAAGUGCCAUUAAUCAAAAGUUGCUACAUUCAGCAAACACAAAGCAACAUCCACCAUCUAUGCCAGAGUAGGCUUGGUGUUAAUCACCGACUGAUGACCAACUCUAGUCUGAGAGCAACAUGACAGUGAAAACGCCGUUAAAGUAGAAAUCUCAGUGAAAAUUACAUGAAACCUUGUUUGUCAAUCAUUUUCAACCAGUUCCAUUGUGGGGUUGAAAAAAAAAUCUUGAUGAAGCUGUUUAUUCAAAGGAGUUAUUUAAGAAUACUGACUGCUUGUACAAGACAAGACUGGGUUAUUUGUAUUUUUGGUGAAAGUGGAACAAUUAAAGUGAGUGUACUUUGCAGUUAAGGAUUAAAAAAAAAUUAAGCCAUUAUUCAAUGCAAAACUUGUUACCUUCAGAUAUUUCCCUUCAACCAAUGCCUCUUAAUUAUGACAAUCUUCUGACAGUUAUAGUUUUUUGUUAUGUUCAGUUUUUUAUUUAUUUAUCUUUAUGUGCUUGUUCUCAGCUUGUUUUUUUUUUGGCUCAGAUACAAAUGUCUUUGCUUUGCCAUCUUCGCUGCCGCAGGGUCCCAAACACAACAUUUGAAUUCACAUUGAAAGUUUACACCGUUUGCAGUCAUGUUCCGCCUGUUAAACUUCUUCUGUCUGAUCCUCUGUGGAGUUUUUGAGCUGCUGGAUAUUUCAAUGCGCAACUGAUUAGAAAUGACCAGGCAGAGGCAAAAGAGAGCAGAAGCCCUGGUGUUGUUUUUGUGCCAGAUAUAUCAGCACCCAAUCAAAGUACCUCUAAGAGCUUUUAUUUUUGGAAAUUCUCUUUGUGUGAGUUAUCUCUGAUGCCUGCAGUUUGUACUUGUUUUCUGAGUUUUCACUGUGUGUAUCGAUGCCUGUGUGUGUUUGUUGCACUGUCAGCAUGUUUGACACAAUGAGAAUGGAAUGACCUGUGAUGCAUUCAGUGUUUCUGAUGCCAGAGCUGCAAAUAAAUCUCUGUUGGUUUUAUCCUG